UACAGCUUUUAAUGGACUUGGAUCUUCAUUGUUCUCCAUGUAAUCAACUCUCCUUGUGACUUACACAUUUUGGAAAUAGCCAAAAUGAAGCUAAAGCAUACCAUCAAUCCUGUUCUUCUUCAUUUCAUAAACUUUAUAAUCUUGGUGUAUUCAUUUAUAACAUAUAUUCCAUGGUACAUAUUAUCUGGCUCAAGACAAGCUAUUGCAAAAUCAAAGCAAAUUAAAGCUAAACCUGUGAAUAACCAGCCUGGUAGUGCAUACAGAUCUGUUAACAGCGUGCAUUGCUUAGCUUCAGUUUUAUAUCCUGGAUGUGAUACGCUUGACAAAGUUUUCAAGUAUGCUAAAACUAAAUUCAAGGACAAAACGCUCCUGGGAACAAGGGAAGUCUUGAAAGAGGAAGAUGAAAUCCAGCCUUCUGGAAAAGUUUUUAAAAAGGUUAUCCUUGGAAAAUACACUUGGCUCUCAUAUGAUGACGUCUACAUUAAAGCUGUUAAUUUUGGAAAUGGCUUAGGAAUACUGGGGCAGCAACCAAAGUCAAACAUUGCCAUCUUCUGUGAGACUAGAGCGGAGUGGAUGAUUGCAGCUCAGGCCUGCUUUAUGUACAACUAUAGACUUGUUACACUGUAUGCUACUCUGGGAGGUCCAGCAAUAGUACAUGGAUUAAACGAAACUGAGGUGAACACCAUCAUUACUAGUAAAGAUUUGAUGCAAACAAAACUGAAGGAAAUUGUCUCUCAAGUUCCACUGUUGCGACAUAUUAUUACUGUGGAUGGCAAACCAACAACAUGGGCAGAAUUUCCCAAGGGUGUCAUUGUACACACUAUGGUUUCUGUACAAGCUAUGGGUGCCAAAGCUGACAAUG